ACCGCCAGAAACCGUCUUACAAUGUCAGAAUGAAGUCUUGUUGGAAAUUGGAACGCGCGAGGGAGGGAUCUCGGAGGGAGGGAACGCCGUAGCGGGAAAGCCGUCAUGUUGCUUUAAUUUCCUGCCGCCACUUGCAGAUGACACCUUAGCAGCAUCCUCGUAGAAUGUGCGCGAGUUUAGCCGCCCUGGUUCUCGUCUUCAUUUUGCAUAACCGUUGUGCGUUUCGGCCGCCCGUACCAUACGUGGAUUCAACAAACACUCGAUGUGGCGUUUGAGUCUGGAAGGUUAUGGAUUGAAGUUUCGGGGUGUGGCAUCGUAUUCGGCGGCUCGCGAGACGUUACGGGACACGGAUCGUGGUGUGAUGUCACGUUGAAAGUGCGCUGCACGCGCGCGACGAUCGCCGAAAGUUGGCGCGCACGAGAUCUCCCUUGGCCGUCAUUUUUUUCGCAGACGCGGACGAAGGUCGCCGACACCGUCGCCCCGCGCGAAAGGAGGGUUCAGCCGUUGUACUCCGGCUCAACGUUGACGUCGAUACGCGUCGCCGGCGCGCGAAGAAUCAAGACGAGAAGCGUAUGCGAGAAUUAUGAUCGUGACUAUCUCAAAUCGCCCCGCGCACUGACACGCGCGCGACCGGUGUACUCGCGUUUGACGCAAGGUAGUUUGGUCGCUACGGGGACGAGGCUGCAGUCCAUGAGAUCGCGUGUAACGAAUCCGACGUGGGAUGUUGAGCGCUGUCAGCCCCACUCAGCCCCACGAAUACACCGAGAUGUCUCGGUUAGCCGACUACUUCGUAGUGGUCGGCUACGACCACGAGAAAGAAAGGGGUGGUGUGAGUAGCGGGAUUGUAUUACAACGAUUUCCAGAAAAAGACUGGCCAGAUACAUCUUUUAUUGAAGGAAUAGAAUGGUUUUGUCAACCACAAGGUUGGGCCUUGUCAACAGAAAGACAAGAACCACGCUUUUUUGUUUCGAUAUUAACGGAUGUCUAUGCGAACCGACAUUAUUGUGCCUGCAUGUGCUUCAAUGAAACGGUAUCGAUUGUGCCAAGUAAACCUGUGGACGAGGAGGAGGAUCCUGUGGAUGGAGACAGCCGCCCAUUGGUCAGGGCAAUACCCGCUAUUGCACAUCAUAGCAUUAUGUACGCACCUAAAUGUCUGGUGCUGGUUUCCAGACUCGAUUACAUAGAAACAUUUAGAAACUGUCUUGGUAUCAUUUACACAGUAUACGUGGAAAAUCUUGGUAUACCAUUAGAGACAUUAGUCGGAAAUAUAUUAGGAUGUAUUCAAGUACCUCCUGCUGGCGGGCCUCAAGUGCGAUUCAGCAUCGGAGCAGGCGAUCGUCAAGCGCUUCAGCCACCAAUUAGCCCCUCCCUUCCUAUAACUCAUACUAGUGUAAAUUUAUUAUUUCAACAAUUAGGUAUUCGUAAUGUGCUAGUAUUAUUUUGUGCAGUCAUGACAGAACACAAGAUACUUUUUCACUCUGCCAGUUAUUCUCGACUGACCGAAGGGUGUCGCGCCCUGACGGCUUUGAUGUAUCCGUUUCGAUACUCGCACGUUUACAUUCCUCUUUUGCCAGCGGCUUUAGUCGAAAUACUCAGCACUCCGACCCCGUUCAUUAUGGGCGUGCAUAGCUCGUUGAAGCACGAAGUUGCGGAACUUAUGGAUGUAAUAGUCGCCGAUCUGGACGGAGGCUCUAUAAUGGUUCCAGACGGUGUUUCGCUCUCUUUGUUGCCGGAACCGUUGCUCUCGCAGACGCAAGACGCGUUAUCCCUAGUAUUGCAGCCGGAAUUAACGUGCGCCGAUUACGCUUUUCCUCCACUCGCUACCAGAGUACCGCAUUCGCCGAUGCUCGACAAAGAACUCAGAGCGGUGUUCAUGCGGGCGUUUGCUCAAUUGUUACAAGGAUACCGGAGUUGUCUAACGCUGAUACGAAUACAUCCGAAGCCGGUCAUAACCUUCCACAAAGCGGCUUUUCUGGGUGAGAGAGGUUUAACGGAUUGCGACUUCACCACCAGGGUCUUGGACUGCAUGUUUUUUACAUCCUUCAUCGCGGAGAGAGGCCCGCCAUGGCGACCGUGCGACGUGUGGGAUGAGUUGUACAGUAAUCUAAGUGAUCAGCUGAAGCAGGAAGCGCAGGAUCACAGAAUCAUCCUGAUGCACAUCCAGGAGCUGGCGCAGCAACUCUACAUGAACGAAAACCCGAAUCCGCAGCCAUACGUGCAGAAGAUCCUGAAGCCUCCCGAGGGCGCGUUCGCGAGGAUCCAUCAACCUCUUUUACCGCGCAUCAACGUCGAGCAAGUGCAAGUGAUCAUCGAUGAGGGUCUCGCGAAGAACAAUCUUAAGGUCAGACUAUCAUCGUUGCGGCCGGUUCAGCCGCGUAUCGUGCCGAUGGGUCCACACAUUUCAUUCGUCCACGAUACCAGACAUCUAGUCAGCAACUCCGCUCGCAGGCUGGAAGUAUUGCGCAAUUGUAUCAACUGCAUAUUCGAGAACAAAAUCUCAGACGCUCGUAAGACAUUUCCCGCCGUCUUGCGGGCCCUGAAGAGUAAGGCCGCUCGUUUGGCGCUCUGCAUGGAAUUGUCUCAGCAUGUGGUAGGCAACAAGGCCAUGCUGGAGCAUCAGCAAUUCGACCUGGUGGUGCGUCUGAUGAACUGCGCGCUGCAGGACGACUCGUCGAUGGACGAGCACGGAGUCGCGGCCGCGCUGUUGCCGCUCGCCACCGCAUUCUGCAGGAAGCUGUGCACCGGGGUGAUACAGUUCGCGUAUACCUGCAUCCAGGAGCACCCAGUCUGGCAGAACCAACAGUUCUGGGAGGACGCGUUCUACCUGGAUGUGCAAAAAGACAUCAAACGCUUGUAUUUGCCGGGCGACAAUUCACCUGCCAGACCAAUCAACGACGUCAUCCUGAGCCCCAUCAGUCCGCGUGACGGCAAAGAGUUUCCGUAUCGAGAUCGAUACUCCAUUUAUCAGGCUCAAGAAUCGUCGGCGCUGGAGAUCGCCGCGGACCAGAUGCGAAUCUGGCCGUCUAUCGACCCCGAGAAGCAGAAGGAGCUCGUCAACAGCGAGGAGAGCACCAUGUACAGCCAGGCUAUCCACUACGCCAACAGGAUGGUCUACCUGCUAGUGCCAUUGGACAUCGGCUCGAAGACGCAUCGUCAAGACAACGUGUACGACGAGGAGCGCGCCAGCAACAGCAUCACGAACAGCGUGGCGAGCGACAGCGGCGAUGCCGAGUCCGGAUUCGAGGAGACUGACCCCGGCGAGACUGGUAGUGCCGUUAUCCGCAUGGUCUCGCGAUUCGUGGACCGUGUCUGCACGGAGGGUGGUGUGAGCGCCGAGCAUGUGAGGUGUCUGCAUCAAAUGGUGCCGGGUGUCGUCCAUAUGCACAUCGAGACGCUCGAGGCGGUCCACAGGGAGAGCAAGAGAUUACCACCGAUACAGAAGCCGAAGAUUCUAACGCCCAACAUGCUGCCGGGCGAGGAAGUGAUAAUGGACGGCUUGCGCGUUUAUCUUCUCCCGGAUGGCAGGGAGGAGGGCUCCGCUGGGCUGCCGAAGAUACCGCCGUUGUUGCCGGCCGAGGGUGCGAUCUUCCUGACGAAUUACAGGAUCGUGUUCAAGGGUAUACCAUGCGACCCGUUCGCCUGCGAACAACUGGUCGUUCGGGCAUUUCCCGUGACGUCCUUGACCAAGGAGAAGCGGGUCGCUGUGCAGCACUUGGCGCACUUGGAUCAGUGUCUGCAGGAGGGCCUGCAGCUACGCUCCUGCACAUUCCAGCUGAUCAAGCUGGCAUUUGACGAAGAGGUCACGCCGGAGAACAUCGACACCCUGAGGAAACUGGUGCACAAGGCGCGGUAUCCGCCGCACAUCUUCCACCAUUUCGCGUUCAACGGUCACGUCCUAGUAACGCAGACAGCCCAUCACAAGGGCAAGGAGAAGAACGCCACGCUGAAGGGUUUCGCGAAGAAGACGCUGCUGAAGACCGCGAGGAAGGCUGGUUUCAAGCCCAAGCAGUCGUCCAAGAGGCAGAAGUACGUGUUACCGAACAUGAAUCUCAUUAGCAACAAUAAAUACAUGACAUCGCCCGGCCGCAUGAGCCUGCCGAUGACCGACAAUAAUGAUCUCAGCCAUGACGAUGAUCUCAGCAUAGACGACUUCGAGAUACCGGGCAUGAUGUCGCAGCCACCGACCGACGCGAAGACGUUGGAACGUCUGUCCGAGCGCAGUUACGUGCGUGAUUGGUAUCGGCUCGGUCUCUACACGAACGGGCUGCACAACAACCGUCGCAACGAGCCCUUCCGACUGUCCUCGGUCAACUGCGCCUACAUGAUGUGCCGGAGUUACCCCGCGCUCCUGAUCGUGCCAACUUCCGUGUCGGACGAGAGCAUCCGACGGUUCUGCAGGCUCUACCGCCACAGCAGACUGCCCGUCGUCACCUGGAGGCAUCCGCGAACGAAAGCCUUGUUGAUCAGAGGCGCCGGUUACCAUGGGAAAGGCGUGAUGGGUAUGUUGAAGGCACACCCGACAUCGAGCAGUAACCUGAAGACCACGUCGUCGGAGACCACGUCCUCCUUGGAGCAGGAAAAGUAUAUGAUGGCUCUCGUGGCGGUGACGCCGCUUUCCGUGUUGCGACAAGGUUCCGCCUGGGGUAUGUCCGACAGUUCCCUCAGCAUAGAUUCGUUGCUGCUGGCGGCCGAGGAUCGUAACGCCACUCCGGAACAAUCGCGACGCAAUCCGUUCAACAAGCCGCUCGGCACUCUCGGCUCGUCGGGCGGCAAGGGCCCGAAGAAUUUCGGCCGGUGGGGCUCUUUGAAGGACAAGAGGCACAACUCGUCGCAGGCCUCUCUGACCUCGGUUCACCAGCGCGGCACCGUCAGACACUCCGCGGACUCUGACAGCGGCACGGAAUGCGUCCACACCUUCCAGCGCGCCGCUCUUUAUAUCCUGGGAGAGAAGGCGCACAUGAAGGGCGUUAAGGCGGAGUCGACUCCCAAGACGGAUUUUAUCCCGGUGGAGUACUACGACGUCAGGCACACGAAGGCUGCUUUCAAGAAGCUCAUGCGGGCUUGUGUGCCAAGCUCGCCGAACGUGGAGCCCGACCAGAGCUUCUACAGACUUAUCGAGAGUUCGGAAUGGCUGCAGCAGUUGCAGAAUCUCAUGCAGCUGGCGGGUGCGGUCAUAGACUUGAUGGACAUGCAGGGCUCCUCGGUGGCCGUCUGCCUGGAAGACGGCUGGGACACCACGACCACUGUGUGCUCCGUGGCGCAAGUGUGCCUCGAUCCUCAUUACAGGACGAUCGAAGGCUUCAGGACUCUCAUCGAGAAGGAGUGGCUCGGUUUCGGCCACCGAUUCGGCCACAGGAGCAAUCUCGCCGCGAAUUCGCAGACCACGAACUUCACACCUACAUUCCUUCAGUUCCUGGACAUUGUGCAUCAGGUACAGAAGCAGUUCCCGCUGGCGUUCGAGUUCAACGAGUACUACCUGAAGUUCCUGGCUUACCACUCGGUGUCCUGCCGCUUCCGCACUUUCUUGUUAGACUGCGAGUUCGACAGAGUGGAGUGCGGUAUCACCGCCAUCGAGGACAAGAGAGGUUCCUUGACGAGUCAUCACAAGGGCGUAGACACCGGCAGCGACGAUGAAACGAUCUACCCGGGUGGCAGACUGGCCGGCACCAACACCGGCUGCAACCUCGGCCAGAGCAUCUUCGACUAUAUCGAGAAGCAGCAUGCACGAUGCCCGUUGUUUUACAACUUCAUGUACACGCCCAACACGGAGUAUCCCGUCCUGAGGCCGGUCCGACAUCUGCCGAACCUCGAUAUCUGGCAGUUCUACCUGGAGGAGGAGCUGGCGCAUGGUCCGGCCUACGACUUGGAAGUGCUGCAACAGGAUUCCCAACAGGAGGAGGAAGCUGAGGCUGCGGACGGCGUGGUCAAGAGUAAUCGUAAAAUAGUUACUCAGGGAUACGACGGAGUGAGCACGAUGGUACCCGACCAAUUCUCGCAUCUCUUAGAAGAGAUCCACAAACUGGAGACUGAGCUAGGUCAUUUGCCGCAGAAAUGGAAAGUGCUAUGGGACAAACUCGAGUUGCCGAACACCGAUUCGCUCGCUCGGCACGCGUCGUUCAGCACGGCGCUCGUGCGGUAUCACGGUCGACUGACUCACAAACGAUCCACCCUGGAACUGCUGUUACGCGGCAAGCUCGCGGGCGGAAGUACCACCGGAAACGAGGGUUCUGUUUACGCACAUCCGCAUAGAUUCGAGAGACUAGACUCCGCGACCCCGACCCAUUGUGACGCGUGUUCCGGGGUGUUAUGGGGGCCUGUGAAGGCCGGGUUAAGAUGUAUCGACUGCGGCCACGUGUGUCACGACAAGUGUGCCGACGCCGUGCCGAAAAAUUGCACCAAGUACAAGGCUGUGACGGAUAAUCUCCAAACUCACACACUUACGAGAAGUGGCGGAGACAACGGAAGCGUGAACUCAAGCGUAACGACUAUACAAACUUCUUCUCAGCAAUAUUAUGAGCAAUUCUCGAGCAACGUGGCGGAGAACAGGACACACGAAGGCUAUCUUUAUAAGCGGGGAGCCCUUUUGAAAGGUUGGAAGCAGAGAUGGUUUGUACUAGAUUCCAUAAAGCAUCAACUGAGAUAUUAUGAUGCAGUGGAGGAUUCACACUGUAAAGGAUACAUAGAUCUGGCCGAGGUGGUAUCUGUUACUCCAGCUGCGCCGAUGCCUGGACCACCAAAGAAAACAGACGAUAAAUCAUUCUUUGAUCUCCGUACAAAUAGACGGACAUACAAUUUCUGUGCUGCUGAUGCAGCCACCGCACAGGAAUGGAUCGAGAAAGUUCAAGCGUGCUUACAAUAGUGUGCCGCAGAGUUUGAUCAUAGUACUAAUUUGAAAUUCUGGAUGUGACUGAUAUAGAGAGUAAAAGAUUUUAAUUUUGUUACAUAAUAUUGUAUAGUCUAAUUGUAUGCGUCAUAGACUGCAUUAACAUCGCUUUAAGUAUUUAAAAACGCAAACUCGUUGGACUGAAAAUAGUAUCAUAAAUUAAAUAUGAUACAACCAUAUCCUUGAUAUAUAGCCUUAGUAUGUGAAUAUAAUGUACAUUGUGAUUGCGUAAUUAUGUUAAAUUUUUAUUUAGUUGGAAGAAAAGAGAUAUCGCUAUAUGGUGUGUAGCGUCGUAAGAUUUCUUUUCUGUUUGAUAUAUUUUUUAAUGUUUAAAUUAUGACGGAGUAUAAGGAGAACGUAGUUAUUUUUUGUAUAUCCACAUAUAUGUGUGUGUGUGUGUAUAUAUAUAUACACAUAUAUACACAUACACACCCACACAUACAAGUAGUCUCAGGAUUAUUGCAGAUUCUAUCGGCUAUAAAUUUUUUGGGCAAGAUGCAAUCGGUUUUUCUUUAACGAAAGCAUACUGUAUUAUAAAGAAGUAAAAAUUAAAAAUAUUACGUCGUAGUUUUUAAGGGGCAUAAAUAAAUUUUAUCAUUUGCUUUGACCUCAAGUAGAUUUUAUUUUAAUACAGAUUUUAGUUACUAUUUGAUAUUCGCUACUUGAUAUUUGAAAGGUUGUGAGUUAAAAAAUAAUAUGCGAUUAAAUUUUUAUAUUUAUAGACAAAUUCCAAAUUUAUUAAGAAAUCUAAAUUGAAAAUUCGGUGAAAUUGAGACAUUCUAUAUAUAAAUAUAUGAUAGUUGCAUGUAACGCUAUUGUAAUUAAUAUUACUAUAUUCGAUAUGUUGCAACCUUGUCUGUUAAAAGUGUUAAGAUCUAAACAAAUACGAGAAAGAUAAUUUCUCUCUAAAAUAUGUUAAAAAUAUCUCAUUACUACCUGCCAUGCUGACAGAAAAAUUAAAUUGAUACGAGUGAAUUUGGAGUAUCUUUUACUAUGGUUAAAGAUUUUGUACCUCAGAGACAACAUUAGUACUACAAUUACAAUCUUGUUCAAUUAAAUAUUAGAACUUAACUAUAUAUUGGAUUAUACACAUACUACUUUGUCUUUUUAAGUCAUAAUAUUUAAACUUGAAAAAUAUCAGUGAAUUUUUAAGUACCAUUGAGAAUAAGUGAUAAUCGG